UUCUUUGGCGUGAGCCGAGAAAGGAAGACGAUAGCUGAGUAUUGGAUUACAUUUUGACGACGAGAUUUUAUUGCGACCUUUCUUCUCCGAUUUCAAGUUGUGGGCUGCCGAAAAUGCUGCUGCUGUCGUCUCGAACGAUUGUCGCAACUUUUCUAAGUGUUUUGGUCGCUUUUUGUUCGGGUCUGGAGUUUAAGGAAAGAGGGUUUGAUUUUGUGCAAGACGAGUAUGCCCGUGCCAUUACAGAGUAUCAUGCUGUUAAUAAGACUGUAAUGCACAUCAGAGCUGUUGGUUGCGAAGGGCCUGUCAAGUACACCAUCAACGAACCAGACACUCCAUUCGAGGUUGAUGAGAAUGGACGUAUUUGGCUCGUUAAGCCAUUAAACUAUAAUAAAGCAAAAUCCUACAUCCUCAACGUGAAAGCUGUUGCCGGAGGUGGUAAAUGCAUCGCCCAUGCAAAGGUCGACUUUGAAAUUCUGAACAUGAACAAGCAUGCACCGAGAUUUGAGUUUGAGAAGUACAGCUGUGAUAUUAUUGAGAACACACGUGAUCUCCGGAUUAAUCCACCAAUGAGGGUUCUAGACGAUGACUCAGGAGAAGCAGGCAAGGUGAAGAAUGUAACCGUUGUCGAGUCUGGUCUGCCAUUUGUCUUCACAGUUGAUGAAAAGGGGAAUGUCCAGGGAAGAGCAACGAAAGACAUGGAUGCUGAAGAUAUUACCGAUUACUUCUUUGACAUCAUUGCUUGGGACAGUGGAAAGCCCCCCAAGUCAUCUUUUCCCAUCAGCUUAGAAUGUGAAGUUGAUGAUGUGAAUGAGUUUACACCACAUUUUACAAAAGACACCUAUGAGGCAACGAUAAGCCGUGGUAGAACAUAUACCAAUAUCACACAGGUUUUUGCUGAAGAUGAAGACAUUGGUAUUGUCAGUGGUCGUGUUUGCAAGUACACCAUUGAAGGUUACAAUCUACCAUUCAAGAUCAAUGAUGCAGGUGUGAUCAGCCUUGACGAACCCUUGGGACGUGAUGCCUAUGACGUGUAUGAAUUCCAAGUGGAUGCGAUCGAUUGUGGUGGAUUGAUGUCAACAAAAAGUGCCGUAGUAUCAAUCUCUAUUCACACCCUGUGCCAUGAAGAAUUUACUGGACCUGUUAAACAUGGGCUGACAAUGCAGCAGUGUACAGGGAAAGUCUACGUCACUCCUGAUAUUGCACUGAAUGAAUGUGCGAAAAAGCAAGAAAAGGCAAACUUGUCUGCCAUAGUUCACUUGGUGACUAAUGCUGGCAUGGGCUGUGACAGGGAUACUUACGAAGCAUCUGAUGCAUUCACGCUCUGUGGGCCAAAUGGCUUUGUUGAUCUGCUGCCCCAACCAGGAGUCGGCAGAGAAUGGACAGAGGGGCUCAAAAAGAAUAGUAAAGAAGAGAAUGCCUUUUUGUUCGAUGGGAAAAAAUCAUAUGUAAACAUCCCUGAGAAUGUAUUGCCAGAAGACAUUGGUGAUAAGUUUACCAUCAGCACCUGGAUCAAGACAGGGGUGUCAAAGGGUCGUCAAACCAUCCUGGCUGGUACUGACAAGGAACGUCUUGAUCGCGUACAUUUCUCUCUGUCCAUUUCUGGAACCAAGCUGCUGUUUGUGCAUCGACCUGAGGCCAACCAUGCUAGCCGCGACCUCUACUGCAAGACAGAUUUCCAAUAUAAACCCGCCAUUUUUGAUUCUGAGUGGCACCAUAUCUUAGUGAUCGCUGAUGGGUGUAAUGCCAAGCUGUACAUCGAUGGAAAGCAUCACACACCAGUUGUCACUGAAUCUGACUGGACCCUGCACAAGUCAAAGUUGAAAAUCAAGUUGACUGUUGGUGCCCGUUAUCUGGCCAAGGAGAAGAUUUAUACUGAAAAUUUCUCUGGAUUCUUGUCUGGAUUAGCGGUCAGGCCAAACAACACUGUUGAUGAACAGGUCAUAAAUUGUUUGAUUGGAUGCAAGGAACAUGUGAAUGUGGAUGGCCCACUACCCCCAAAUUUCUCCGCAGAAUCCAUUGAUUUUGGAACCGUGAAAAUCACUGGAGUUGGAACACCAAAAGAUAUUGUCAAGGCCCUGCAAAGUAUUGUCUAUGUUAACGAGAGGAUGAUGCCAACACCAGGAAAACGUUCUGUGAUGAUCUUGUCCAUGUUCAACCAGAUGCCACUAGCAACUGUCACUGUCGAUAUCAACGUCGCAGGAAACACCAGGCCAGUGUUAGUCAUCCAAGGUUUGGAUGCAGACAUUGGUCUUAACUGGGAGAAGAGAAAGAUCCUCAAAGAAAAGGGUUUGCGCAUCUUCGAUUCAGUUGAAAUUGAAUAUGAAGGCUGUAAGAAGGGUGACAAUACACCAGUUGACAAAGUACGCUUGUUAGAUCAGGCAGUGGUCAGAGUCAACCCGGCGUUCAAGAAAGGAGAGAGCUUUAACUUUCCGCAGGGCAUCAAGGGCUUGAAGGAAAAAGGCUUGAGUGUUAGUUUCAACAAUGAGGAGUUGGUCAUCCGAGGAAUUGCCCACUUCUCAGAAUAUGAAGAUGUUCUUCAGCAGAUGGUGUAUGUGAGCCUGGUUCCAAAAGAUAUCCUACAUCUUGAAAUCUCUGUCUCUGUGUCCACAAUGAAUGGCAAGUGUAAAAGUGAUGAGGAACGACGUGAUAUCAACACCAUUCAUACCAACAGAGGAUUAGAUGAGUAUGGAAUCAAGGCUGCUGAGAGCAGUCAGAAAGAAGAACUAAUGCCAGGGAUGGUUUCCAUGGAGAAUGUUAUGGGAAGCACGUCGUCAGGAGGAUUCUCCAGCGGCGUCAUGGCAUUGAUAAUUAUUUGCAGUGUGUCCAUCUUUAUCUUCCUUGUGGUGAUCGGCAUCUUCAAGUACAGACAGAGGCCUCAGACUGUAAAGGUUGUUCCUCCUGGAGACGACAAAGAAGAAAUGUACUGGGAUGAUACCGGUCUGAGUGGUGUGCGUAUUACACUUAAUCCCAUGCAAAAGUUCCAGGAACUUGACCUGAAUGAAGACGGCAAUAACACUGACAAGUCUGACACAGAAGAUGAAGAAGGCAAAGCGACCAAGGGUCUGCUGGAGUGGGAUAAUUCUGAUAUCUAGACUGCUGGGUCCAUGCCAGUUCAAACUAACUUGUUUUAUUUUGAUCAACAUACUGCUAACCAAAUGUUUCACACCACUUUGGGUUUAAGGAUGUUUUGUUGUCAACUGGUGGUAAUGCAGUGAGCAAGUGUGUUAAAUUUACAAAAUGUGCCAACGUUUUCCAAAGACUGAACUCCACUUUGUUUUUGUCAUAAAUCAAGUUCUAAAAUACCCGAUAGUCACUGGAGUCUUUACUUCAAAGGUAUUUGUGGGCCCAAGAAGCAUGGCUAAACUGAAACAUUUGACUUGUUGAGGUUUAUUGCUUAGAGUUGUCACUUCUGGUGUCUGAUGAUUCAAGUGAACCGUUCGUAAUAUAGGGGCGUCUGUGCUCAAUGUUGAUUUGGUACUUAAAGUAAUAAUGGCAUUACUGCUCAAAACCCCAUUAGUAAUAAGUUUUUAAAUUAAACCAGAGUUGAACCAGUUUAUCAUUGUUCACUAUUUUGACACAGACAAGUUUUUUUAUGUCGUUUCUAUUAUGCACUGAUUUGUUGUUGGUUUUCUGGCUGGGAUAUUGAAAGCUGAUUGUUCCGAAGUUAGUUCAAGUUCUUUUUUUCCUCCACAGCACGUUGUCUUGUGUUUCUUUUUGUAGAAUUUGUAAUAUUGUUUUAGCAUCAACAUAUUUAUACACAGUAAGUGUGUACAUUAAGAUAAUCUUCUCAUGAAGGUUGGUAAGAUUCUCUGUGAUUUUGUAAUUGUAGCAAUGCAAUAACCGUAACGAAAAAUUGAAGCAGAUCAUUUGGAAAAAAGCGGUAUGCAGGCAGUGUUCAGUGUGAAUAAAUAAUUUCCAUCAAAUUAUACUGUAAUCUUAUGUAAGCUGACUUUCUUGGGACCAGCAUGAAUGUCUACUUAUUAACAUGUUAAAUGUUGGUGAGUGGCCAGGACGAGGACUGAGUGAGUGUUUGGGAGAGUUGCCUAUGCGAGAGGGUCUUGUGGUUUAACUGUGAGAGGAAACAGUGAUUUGUAGGGUAUAACUGGAAAUGUAAUCUUGUUCAUCUAGUAUUUGAACAAAUAUCACAUAAGCUACUGUAACUUAUUUAAUACAGUACCAUUACGUUUCUUCUUUAAAAACCUCAUUCCAAACUGGUUUUGAUAGCACUUAAUGUUAGGAAAAGCAUUAAUAGGAAAACUGUUAGUGGGAAAGGUUGCGAUAGUUUAGAAAAUUAAGUUUAUAGUUGUUUUAAUUUUUUUCCUUGCAGUGUGGGAGUAGGGAAGGGGGGAGGCUUCACUUGCCUUUAUUACUAAAUGUUGAUUUAUGGAGUUAUUUUUGUGACCAAUUUUUGAUGUAAUGAUUUUGAUUAUAUCAAGGAGUACAAAUUUGUUGUGAAGCCAUAUUAACAAAAGGAAAGGAAAAUACUUGUUUCACUGAUGAGGGUUAAUUUCAUAUGAGUCUGGGAAGUUUGUUUUGUCUCUCAAUUUGCACUUUUUUUUUUUUGUUUGUUUGCUUGUUUGUUUAAACGACUUAACUGUAUCAUCAAUGCUAAAAAUGUAUAUAGGAAUUAGUAAUAAUUGUAGUUUGCGCUUUGUGAUUUACUUGCCUCGUGGAUGGAAGUUUACACCAAACUUCCUUUGAUUUCUACUAAAGGAAAGGCAAUUCAAAGUUGAAUCGUGCCAGUAAAUUGUAUGAGUGUAUGUUACCUCUGACUGGCUGAGACGUUUUGGAAAACCAUCAAAAAGAUACCAAAGGUUAACAUCAACAAACGUUAUUGAAUAGCAACGAUGCUGAAAAUCACAAAGCAAAGUCUUGCUGUAAUAGUAGUAAUAAUAAUCAUAAUCAAUAAGGCUGUAGCAUCCGUUGUUAGGGAACUUACUUACUAUAUAUUAAAUUGCCAGUAUUACACAUCAA